GGCACAGGGCGCGCGGAGCUUCACGGCGGGCGAGCACCCGGCGCCUCCGCUAAUCAAGACCGCACAUGCGCCGGAGGCGCCGCACGCCCCCAGCCCGUCGAAGUGGAUGGGGUGAACCGGGCGAGGCCUCCAAUCCCCGCCCAGCGCCACGCCGUACCCCACCCGGGACGCGCACCAAAGGAGGGAGGCUCAGGACUACAGGUCCCGGCGCCCACCGCGGGCAGGGCCUGCGCGGCGUUGCUAGGUGACGGCGCCUAAACGACGCCUAGGCGAUCUGCGGCGCCUGGAGAGAGGACGCGGGGGCAGGUGGAAGCCUAAGGAACCCAAGGGGCCUGCAGGGUAGAGUGGCUCCGGUGGACAUUCUCCAGGAAAGCGGCUUUCACAGGGUGCAGGUCAGCUCCAGACACCUCGAUAUAUUCAGCGCCAUCCCUGGCUGCACUUGGCAGGACCCUGCUCCAAAGAUGGCCUACUAUGAAAAAUGCAUUGAGAUUGUGAUAAAGCAGCUUGACAAAUUUAAGCCUGAGAAGGACAAUCCUGAGCAAUUCCUGGAGACAGUACUCACCUCCUUACAGCAGGACAUGAGCCCCCAGAAGCUUGGGUUUAUUUCGGAGGUUCUGUCUGGCUGCCUUGAAUACCACAAGUUACUGACCAUCGUGGUGGAUGCCUUCUAUGCACGGGAUGGCCAGAUCUGCCUGUGGUCCGACUACAGCCUCUUUGAGGUGAUCUGCUACCUGGCCACCUUCCAGCUGGAUGAUCUUGGCUUCCAGCUCUUCUGCAGCAUCAUCAAGUCCCAGCCUGUGCAUCAGAUCUGCAAGUUCCUCAGAUUCUUCUUUAACCCCUUGAACUUGUACUCAUGGAUCAAAGAUGAGUGGAGCCUCAUCUACGAAACAGCCCAUGUGAUGGAGAACUGGAUUGACCCUCUGAUGAGAUGGCACCCAGAGGUCCAGGAGCUGAUCACACAACUGGAGGGAGUACCAGCUGAUCAAAUUCCUGUCAUGAAGACCAAGGCCAAAGUCACAGUGCCCAAGGAAUUCAACCUGACUGUCCCAAGGCCCCGCGCCAUUACAAUGCCUGAGCCUGUCCCCACUUUGGCCAAGCCGAGACCUGUCCCUCAGAGUACCUAUAAGGAGCCCAAGGGGCAGAAGCUUCUGCAGAUGAUCAAGACAUACAACCGCCGGACAGCUGAGGAGCUGCUGCUGAAAGCAAACGUGGAAGAGCUACAGUGUGCCAUGCCCCGGUUGCAGAGGGAGCCACCAACACAGGAUGUGAAGAAGCAGCUGUGGCAUCAGUCUGUACCCCGAAUACGGAGGACUCCAAAUCUGACCUUCUACAAGCCUAACAACCUCCCAGUCAAGCUGAACACUGCCACCAUUCUUCGAGAAGGGGCCUUAUACCAGCGGCAAGUGGAGAAGGAGCUGCAGAGAGUUGAUAAACUUGUGGAUGGGGCUGGGGACUUCUCUGAGUUCCUUGAGUGGCAGAAGAAGAUGCAGGCAAAGGACCUGGAGGAGCAGCUGGCUGCAGAGGAGUGCCGGCGGCUGCAGGGAAAGCUGAGCCAUGAGGAGGCCAUCUUAGCCAGGCAGAACCUCGUGCAGGAAAACAAGCAAAAGGCUGACCGGCAGAAGGAAAAGACGGCUGAGCUAAUGCUGCAGUGUGCUGAGAGGCGCCUCCAAGAGGAGAAGGCCAUGAAAGAGCUGGUGGAACAGGUCACAGAGGCGCAGAAGAAUGUUAAGAUAGUCCAGAUGAAGCUUGUGAAGGGCCGGCAGCAGAUAGUUCAGGAGGUGAUAGAGGAGAGCCGGGAGUUGCUACAGCGUAGCGUGAAGGCAGCUAAAGAGGAACAGAAGCGGCGCUGUGAGCUCACCGCUCAGCUUCGUGCGCUGGAGACACAGCCCACACGCAAGGAGAAGCUGGUGGACCUUACCGAGAUCCCAGGAUAUGGUCUGGAAGGUGAGAUGUCUGUGGUGGAACUUCGAGAGCGGCUGGCCAUGCUCAAAGAGACCCAGAAACGAGAGCAAGAGGAGAAGCGGGAUCAAAUCAUCCAGGGCAAACGAGCCAAAAGCCAAAUGAUACAGAACACAGUGGAGCAGAUCUCCCUGUGCCGCGCAGCCAUGGGCAGGACUGCAGCCUUGAGGUGGGAGGAAAAGAAGGCCCAGGCUACAAGACCGAGGACACCCUCCCAGGAUGAGCGUGUGUUGGAGCUAAAGCGCAAAAUGGAGGAGAGGGCAGCUGAACGCCGCAGGCAGACAGCACCACAGCUCGUCUCACCGCCCCGGGCCCAACGUCCAAAUCUGCGGGCGCAGGAGGAGAUGCAGCACUGGCGGGAGCUGGAUCAGAGUCGCGAGCGCAGGCUGCGAGCAAAGCAAGAGACAGAUCGCACCUGCCGCGCUACCGCUACUCGUCAACUGCAGGCCUCCUGAGUCAGCUGGCAGCCCCACGCCAACACUGCGUGCGCGGCGGCCGACGUGAGCCAUCACCCCUGCCCUUACGACAGUGGCUCUCUUCCUGCAUCUCUGCCACAAAGCUUACCCUUUCCCCAGCUCCAGCCUGCCCCUGUAUGGCUGCUUCAGAAAAAAAGGUGUGGUGGCCUUUAGAAAUGCUAAACAAAUACGUGCUCUUCCUCUGGACUGCAACUGGCUACCAAGUUUUUAAUAUGCUAAACCUGGCUCUUCCCUAUGUCCAGCAAGUCUAUUCAUAGGACUGCAAGCCCCAUUCUCCAUGCAGAACCAGUGAAUAUGCGUGGGACCUCGCAUGAGUGUGGGAUUGUGAAUGCGGUUAGAUUCUUACGCAUAUGCUCUGGACUGGCCCUUCUCAUGUCUCACAUGGAUCAUCAAGCGGUCACAUCAUGCAGCAACUAUAGCCCACUUGUCUCCUGUUCUGCUAAUGAGACCACCUGUCCUCAUUAAGGGACUCUGGCUUAAGCUAACUGCAGGUACCUUUCAGGGCCCUCUCUCCAUUAUCAUCAAGAGCUCAAAUCCAACAAAAUUGGAGCGCUUGGGGACAGUGGCUCAACAGGGCAGAUCAGAUGAGUUCUAUAUUUCUGGCCUUACUGAUGCUCUGUGCUGGGGAAAGCUGGACUUUAACAACAGGUACAUGGAAUGAAUGGCUGCCAGUGAAACUUAGCCUGGAGAGUAAAGUUGCAUUGUGAUGUUUGGUUCUUAGGAAGAAGAUGGUGGCAAGUCUCAGGGAGGGAAUAAAGCAAGGAAAAAUUACUAGUGGGUAGAUGUUCAGGAGAGAGCCGACACUACGCCCUGGCCAUCCUCCUUAGGCCUGCAGAGGUCCCUUGGGUGGUAAGGCUGUAUCCCAGGGUACUUCAGACCAAGAAAGACUCAGCAUUGACAGGAA